AUGAGUUGCAGGCGAGGUAGCCAAGCAAAGACACCGGGAGGAUCUCGAGGAAGACGCGAGAGAGUAAAAGGAGGACGAGAGGAGGAAGAAGGGAGACAGUACGAGGCAGAGAGGAACGUCCACGAGGUGUGGUGGCAGGCAGUUAGAAAAAUUGAGCCCGAAACGAAGGCUACCUUUACGCAAACGUCCGCUACCGACCCCCAGCCGAACGAGAAAAUUUUGCGAAUUAACGAGGAACCAGCCAGCGUGAACGUUUAUUUAGGGCAAACGAAAUCGUCGACAUUUUGGAACAUCGAAGAGGAUCCUGCGCCUCAAUGGCUGAUCGAAGAAGCUCUUAAUAGAGAUAUUGAGCGAUGGACAAAGGGAGAACCAUCGCCGAACAAGGAAACCGAGUACGAAACAAUCAUAUUGGACCUCGAGGCUCAACUAUCUCGCGCGAAAAAGGACCUCGACGAAGCUCUAACGAUAAAAUCACUCGCAAAAGAAAAAUAUAAAAGAUCUAUGGAAAGUGUGAAGACGGAAGCUCGCAAAGAGAUCGAGAUGUUGCAAGACAAAAUUGUGCGUAUUUGUACGUCCGUUCUGGAAAAUUUCGGUCCUCGCGUGCUGGCCGAGAAGAAUAGAAGCAAUUACCAAGUCAAGCGUGGCAAACAUUUAAAGUGCCACGAGAAGAUUUCGAGUAAACUGUACAAAAAGUUGCGGAUGGCAGUGGCGAAAUCGAAGAAACUGAAACGCGAAUUGACGACGGUAAGGCGGGAGCUGGAAAACAAAUCGAGGAAAUACGAAUCGAUCAGCAAGUGCUUCGACAGGCUGAAACAAGAGACUGAUACUGCCGAGACGAAUUUGAACAAGCUCAUAUCCGAGAACCUCGAGCUCAAAAAGAGUAUGGAGUACACGCGGGAGUGGAUGGAGCACAAUGUGGGAAAGGAUCAUCACGAGAAAACCAACGCCCUACAUUUUCGAGACGCGCAAAGGAGCAGGGAACUAACGAACCUGAAGAAGAAGAGCGAAGAAGACGUUGCAACCAUCGCACAACUGCGUAAUAAGUUACUGCGAUCGGAAUCAGCGAAUGCCAACAAGGGAUUUUUAUUAAACAGUUACAAAAGUCAAUUGUCAGAUCUGAACAAGGAAAAAGGUCAGCUCUUGUCGAAGAUAAGCAGCUUGGAAAACGAGAUCACUGUCGCGAAAAACAACAAUUCGCAACUAAAAGCAAAAGUAUACGUUACUAAUCAAUUGAUUGAUUCGCUCUUAUCGAUUAACCGUGUUUAACAGAUUUCAGUUUUGAACAACGAGAAGUCGAAGACAGACAUUACGGAAAAGAUGGAAAUGCAAUGUGCUAACUGUAAGAGAUGCGAGGAAACGGUGCAGCAAGAAGCUAAUCUCAUCAAAGCUGGCUACGAGAGUACGAUCAAAUCUGUGAAAACGAAAAUGAUCGCUGCAGAAGAUCAGAAUAUUGAAUUCUCGAAAGCUAUAAAGAAUUUUUUGAAGAGAGUUUACGACUAUCGUGACGGUCACGAAACACAAAGAAGUUCAAAAGAGGACGAGGCUAGCGAAAAAGAGGCACAAGAGACUGCGUGUAGUAUUUUAAACAUGUCACCGGAAGAACUGUCCGGCUUUAUCAAUGGGAAAACACCUAAUUCGAUUAACUCUUGGAUACUCGAAUUGAACCGGAUAAUCGGGAAACAUAAUUUCUCCGAGAAUUUAUCGAAGUUCUUAUUCAAAAAGACAAUGAAGAAGAUAAAGACGUAA